AUGGAGUGGUCGGGGGUGGCCCUCCGCCGGGUUCCCCCCCUGGCAGUGAUCGCACUGCUGCUACUGCUGCUGCUGCUGCUGCUGCCGCUGGCCGGGGUGACCCCCCAUAAGGGCAGGCUGGGCCGGCACGGGAGGAGCCCCCCAAAGGAGGACGACGCGGUGUUGCCCACAGGUGAGGGGCAGGAGAUGCUGGAAGAGACAUUCAUCGUGUCCUCUGUGGGGGAGGAGUUCCAGCCCGUGAACAUGGCAAGGUCCGAGGAGGAGGAGGACAGGGAGAAGGGCGAGGAAGAGGAGGUGGCGGAGGAGGGCGGCGCGGUGGCUCUGCAGGACCACCUCUUCGACCUGGCAUUCUGCUUCAACCUGGCCAGCAUCCUGUUUUUUUUGUGAGGGACGUCGAGGCCGAGCUCAUCGGCUGGUUCCUGGAUGAGGACCUGGACAUCUACCUCCGCUUUGUGAUUGUCUACUGACCCAUCCCCAACCCCCAGGCCUCCCCCUGGCCUGAGAAGGCCUGAUGAGGUGGGAGGGGAGCUCCCCACACCCCGUGCCGCCUCCUUUCAGAUUUCUGGACAGCAGCAGCAGUGGCAAAUAAACCCAAAGAGAGCCAG